UUGUCGGGUUUUGUUGUCCAACCUCGGUACAUCCUCACGCCGCUGUCUCCCCUUAUUUUCCUCAGGUCGAGCGGUUCCGUUUCUUGAGGUAAAUCUUAUCGUUCCCAACGGGAUAAAGCCGAAUCUGCAUGGAGAUUGUAUAUUGAAAUGUUGAACGCGUUCAACCAACUUCUUUGCUUCUGAUCCUCACAUUACAACUGUUACUUAAGCUUUAUCGGCAUGGCGUUCCACAGACUUGACUCUUAUGAUGAUUCUGCCCACAACUAUUAUCCAUCUCACGACGAUUCGGACGACAUUGCGGAUGAAUAUGAAUAUGGUCCUUCCAGCAGCACGGAAGGAGGAUACUCAGGAUACGCCUCCACGGAUUACCUAGGAUCAUCCUCCGCUUCGGUCCCCAGAUACCAGCCAGGUCAGCAUCUUGCGCCCAUACAUACAGGAGAAACAUUACAGUUUGAUGAACAUUCAACACUUUAUACGCAAAGUAAUCCUUCUUCCACGCUGUCCUACGCGCAGAAUUCACAAUCACAUAAUAAUUCUGUGUCGGAGGAGUACUUUGGCUACCAACCAGAAUAUUCUGCAGCCUCAAAUCAUUCCUAUGCUUCUCAUUCCUAUACUUCAGCUGGGUCCGCUUAUUCAUCUACAACUGGGCUUCGAAGCGUUCCUCCUCCGCGGUCUCGGUCUCCGACUCCCGCUGGGGAUGAUGAAGACUAUUAUGUUGUCGGGAAUGACAGCGUUCACUACACAGGAGGACUACAUGACCCGGAAAAAGCAGAUGACUACAACAAUUACUACAACUAUUCAUCCUAUGACUCUCGAUACGCUUACGACUCUCUCCCUACUCCGACCGAACCCAUAACCCCCGUCGAGACACGUCAUUUUGGUCCUGCCCCAAGUGGUCGAGUCACGCGUAGACACAAUAUGAAGAAACGAGUGCAGUUGACUAGAGGGAAUCUGGUCUUGGAACUCCCUGUCCCUCCAAAUUUAGUUCUACCACGCAUGGGAGAGCCAGAGAUGAUGCAGACGCGGUAUACCGCUGUGACGUGUGAUCCGGAUGAUUUUUCAAAGCAGGGAUUCUCAUUGAGGCAGGUGGAGAUGCAGAGGACGACGGAAAUGUUUAUCGUGAUUACGAUGUAUAAUGAGGACGAGAUUCUAUUUUGUCGAACCGUCUAUGGUGUCAUGAAAAAUAUUCAGCAUUUGUGUACGCGGAAAAGCUCGCAGACAUGGGGAGCUGAUGCUUGGAAAAAGGUAGUAGUCUGCAUCGUCGCCGACGGCCGAAAAAAGAUUCACCCGCGCGUCCUCGACUGCCUCACCCUUCUAGGAGUCUACCAACCCGGACCUUACAUGAAGAACUUUAUCGACGACAAGGAAGUCACCGCGCACUUGUUCGAAUACACCGCGUCGUUCGGGUUGGACCCGAACUUGCAUUUCAAGUAUCCGGACAAAGGGAUCGUACCGACCCAGAUCAUAUUCUGCAUGAAGGAGAAGAACCAGAGGAAGAUUAAUAGUCAUAGGUGGUUCUUCAAUGCUUUUGCAAGCGUUUUGCAGCCAAACGUCUGCGUAUUGCUCGAUGUCGGAACACGACCAGGGAAUAAAAGUAUCUAUCGACUUUGGAAGACUUUUGACCUCAAUUCUAAUGUGGCGGGAGCGUGUGGCGAGAUUUCCGCGUACAAGGGCAAGAAUUGGUCUUUACUCUUGAAUCCGCUUGUUGCGGCACAGAACUUUGAGUACAAGAUCAGUUGUAUAUUGGACAAACCCACUGAGAGUUUGUUUGGGUACAUCAGCGUUCUUCCAGGCGCGUUUUCUGCGUACAGAUAUAUUGCACUACAGAACAACGAGAAAGGCGUCGGUCCACUGGCGAGUUAUUUCAAGGGAGAGGUUCUCCAUGGGCGUGAUACGGAUAUUUUCACUUCCAAUAUGUAUCUCGCUGAAGAUCGCAUUCUCUGUUUUGAACUUGUGGCAAAAGCUCAGUCGAACUGGAUCCUCAAAUACGUUAAAGGUGCAGUCGGCGAAACCGAUGUCCCCGACUCCCUUCCCGAGUUCAUUAGCCAGCGUCGACGGUGGUUGAACGGCUCGUUCUUCGCAGCAACGUAUGCAAUUACCCAUGUUGGGCAGAUCAUGCGCUCAGGGCAUAGCGCGGCGAGGAAGGUUGUGUUGUUGUGUGAGACGAUAUAUAAUAUUAUUAGUAUCAUAUUUGCUUGGUUCAGUAUUGGAAAUUUUUAUUUGUUCUUUGUGGUAUUAACGUCGUCGUUGGAGGAUGAAUCUUUUGGGAUGACUUGGAUCAAAGACGUCAAUCCCAUAAUACAGUACUUUCUAGCAUUCAUGAUCGCUGCGUGUUUCCUGUUCUCCAUGGGCAACAAGCCUCAAGCGUCGAAGUUCAAAUACCUACUCAUGACUAUUCUUCUUGCUCUCUCCAUGGUCUACAUGUCCUUCGCUGCUGUCAAAUGUUCGAUCAAAGCAGCGCAACAAGGAGGGAGUGCUAACUCGGUGAUGCUUUUCAGCGUGAUUAUAACCUAUGGAUUAUGGGCCACUAGCAGCGUGCUAGCAUUCGAUCCGUGGCAUAUGCUCACCAGUUUCAUUCCGUAUAUGUUACUCUCGCCGACGUAUAUCAAUAUUUUGAACAUAUACGCAUUCUCAAAUCUCGACGAUAUUUCCUGGGGAACGAAACAAGAUUCAGUGGAAAUCGACCUGGGGGCGGUGAUGAAUAUUGGGAAAUCCCAGGUCGAUGUAGAGUUGUUUUCAACGGCUGCGGAUGUGAAUGAGAUAUACCAGGAGGCUAUAGAGAGUUUGAAGCAGAAGAAAAUGAAAAAAGUUCCUGCGAAACGGAAUGGGAGACCUACGAUAAGUGCGGCUGAAAAGGAGCAGGCGGCGAAGGAUUAUUAUGCGAAUGUGAGGACAAACGUUCUGCUCCUCUGGGUGGUUUCCAACUGUCUCUUGAUCAUUGCCAUACUCAAGGGCAGUGACACUUCCGGAACGUUUGGCGACUCCAAUUCAACUGGAAGGGUGAAGGCGUACUUAAUUUUCAUAUUGGUGUUCACCACUAUAACCAAUUUGGUUCGAUUUAUUGGUUCUACGUUUUAUCUUCUAGUUAGGUUAAUAACGGGAUAAUUGUAACUUCAACAAGGGACAUAUGUAUAAGUGAUGUGACGUAUACAAGACUUUCAGAAGAUCGAUUAUUAGUAUCUUGGGGGACUAGACAAAAAUAUUUUGGUCUAUGUACAUGUUCACUGCCAAUGCGAAAUCACGAAG